UAAAGAAGAGAGGUGAAGAGAAUGCCUAUAAAGGUAGUGUUUCCCUUGGAGUUGUUAGUAUGAUUCGAGAUCCUAAUGUGCUGGCAAUGUAUGAAGGAAAUCAUGAGCAAUUGGUAUCAAAUGAAAGCCAUGAGUGUACUCCAGAGAAGAUUGGUUCAUGUUCAAACUUGGAAGGAAACGACAACUCGAUAAGAGAGAAGUCUUCUGUUACUAAGGGCAAGGGAAAACGGAUUUCAGCUGAGAAGGAGGUUACUGCCCCCAUUGAGCUCUCAGAUUCGCCUGUUGCUUCUACACAAAGAGAGGUGAUUGUUGAAUUGGAUGACGAGAUAAAAAGGAAUCUCAAUGAUGAGUUUUCAGGCAAUGGGAAUGGAAAGAAGCUGAAGAUUAAAAUCAAGCAGGAAAAACUGUAAUUGGGUUUGCAAAGAAGUGAAGAUAACGUUUCGAUGUUUUUGUGGAAACAACU